CAAUUACACAGGUCUCCUGGCAUCAUAUCCUGGCUAAACUCUAAGCACUAGCAAAGACCAUGUACUUCUGGGCUUCAGUGCUCACGCCGACAAAUGUUUGCUCUCCAGCCUUGCACACCGGCUUGGAUGAGCUACGAACCCAAGGACGAGACGAUGUCACUCUCCUGACUUGGCACCAUAUGAGUUGAACGAUCCGACAGGGGAUUUCAACGCCAUCACUUGGCCGAGGAGCGGUGAAUUUAGUUCCCUUUGUUCGUAGAAAUCUCGCACGAGCUUGGCCAUCCAUGCCUGCCUAAAGCUAAACAGUGUGUGUGCUGUAUUUAUAUAGAAGCAUAGAAGCGGCGUUGCUCAGCGGCUACACUACACCUGCAACCACGAGGCACAAUUCCCGCCCUACAGACCGCUAGAACAUCUUUGUGCAUCAUGUCUGAUUCUCUAAUGGAGCCCCCGAGCGAGCCAAACGACAGCGGGUACUCGAGCGCUCAGGCCUCGAUCGAGUAUCGCGAGUCUCUGCUUGCAGACGUGCGACGCGGGCAUCUGGCGGAGCUGCGCGACUCCGUCUACAAUCGAUACUACGGCAUCACGGAUAGAUUCUGGCCAGGGGAGUCCUUCCAGGAGCUGGAACCAGCCAUUCGUGAUCUCUGGUUCGCUUUCCAUGUCUGGGCGCGUAACAUCUCCCACGAGACGCCGGAACAUGAUCGGAUAGUCUUGGACUUUACUCGGUUUCAGCUGUCCGGACCGUUACAGCGACUGGUAAAGGACAGUGACCACGAGUUCGAGAUGGCUCAAAGCCCAACAGGAGCGGUCUUGUGGGGCGAUGUGCCCUUCUUCCUUGAAGACACGACCGCGUACUUCAUCCAGCACUGUCCCACGAUGAAGGCCGACCAUCGACUCAACUUCACCUACUUUGUGGCCAAAGUCGCAUCCACCGGGGUGCUGCAAGAUCGACUCAUCGAGGUCGGUCUGUUGACCUUCCGCGAGGCGUUGGAGACCGACCGUCCACUGGGAAGUCUCGAUCCCUCACCUGACUCCUCCAGGCCUGCUCAGACACUGUCCGACCUGCCCAUCGCCGCUUUCCUCCCUGCCCUCCGCGCGUGGGUCUUCGAGUGUGGACGACGGAUGAUCGACCUAUGUGAUGUGUCGUGGAAUGAGUGCGAUUCAUCGCUGGGCCGUGGCGGUCCCUUGUUUCUUCGGGCCACGGAGCUCAGUCGCGAGGCACCUGUUGGCCUUAGCGCAGGACGAUGGCUGUUCUGGAUCAAGCGCGUGGAUCAGAUCCACGAGCAGGCAACACAGGCCCAGGAGACGAAGCUCGCCGAGGAGGCCUGGGUCACCUUGGAGUUGAUGCUCAACCCGCUCGAAUAUCGGGAUAGUCCCGUUUCUCGAGCGUACAAGGCCGCACCCGACGACUUUAUCCGGGUCAAGUGGCCCGAGUUCUGGGCUUCAGAGAUGCCGGUUGAAGAGGGAGACAUCGAGGCACGUGAGGAUGAGCCUGAGAGGCCUCUGUUUGGAGAGGAUUGAUCAUGAAUAGCGGCAGUGUCAUAGUGAAGUGCGAGUUUCUAUUUCUUAUCACUGCGUGUCGAGGAAAUGUAGCGCAGCCUGCACCAAUAGUCAAUGUAUAGCUAUUAUUACGUUCUACAUGCUUUGAGCUCGACUACCAUUACCUUCGGUGG